AUGGUUAUGUUGAAUGAAAUUCGUCAGGAGCGAGACGAUUUCCGGGAGGUUGCUACUCGAUAUCACACCGCCGUGAUGGAAAAGGACCUGGCCAUGAACGAUUUAUUUCAGGCCCACAGGAUGACCGAGGAGGCAAACCAACUGGCCCGAGACUUCCAGAAGGAUAUGACUUCCUUGCAGCGGAAAGUCAAUAACCUUGACCUACAGUCGAUGAAGGACUCACGGCUGCCCUCGAUCGAGGAAGAACGCACGCCUAGACGUUCAAAAGAGAAAUCAGUCAAGGUCCCAGACCCACCUCUGUUUAUCGACGGUAUUGACCCUACCUGGGACGACUGGUCCUCCAGAAUAGAAUAG